UACAGGAAGUACAGGGCCUGUGGAAGACGGUGAACAACAGACUGCAAGAAAGCAGAAGAAAACAGAGGGGCUGCUUACCCUGGGAUUCUGCUAUCUUUCCCGGUUCGGUCCGGUUCAGCCAACGCCGCCCUUUCUAGAGUUUCAGGUUGGAGCCGAAACUCAAAUCAUGGCAACGACAGCUCAGCUGUUUGAGGAGCCCUUUGAUGCGGAUGAGUACAUUGAAAGGCUCGCCUGGAGGACCCCUGGGGGCGGCUCAAAAGGAGGGGCUGAGGCCUUUGAUCCCAAAAGGCUGCUGGAGGAGUUUCAGAACCACAUUGAGGAGCUGAAGCAGCUGGAUGAGCGAAUCCAGAGACGGGUGGAGAAACUGGAGCAGCAGUGCCACAGGGAAGCCAAAGAGUUUGCCCGCAAGGUGCAGGACCUGCAGCGAAGCAACCAGGUGGCGUUCCAGCACUUCCAGGAGCUGGAUGAGCACAUCAGCUAUGUGGCGACGAAGGUCUGCCACUUAGGCGACCAGCUGGAGGGGGUGAACACGCCACGUCAGAGAGCCGUGGAGGCCCAGCGCCUCAUGACCUACUUCAACGAGUUCCUGGACGGGGAGCUGCGCAGCGAUGUCUUCAACAACCCUGAUAAGAUUAAAGAAGCAGCUGAUAUCAUUCAGAAACUCCACCUGAUUGCCCAGGAGUUGCCCUUUGACAGGUUUUCUGCCGUGAAAGCAAAGAUUGCAAGUAAGUACCAUGACCUGGAGCGCCAGCUCAUCCAGGAGUUCACAGCUGCCCAGCGCAGGGGAGAGAUCGGCCGCAUGAGGGAAGUGGCCUCAGUCCUGCUGCACUUCAAGGGCUACGCUCACUGCGUCGAUGUGUACAUCAAACAGUGUCAAGAGGCGGCGUACCAGCAGAAUGACGUAUUUGAGGAUACGGCGUCGCUGUGCCAGCGGGUUAAUAAACAGGUGGGAGAGGUGUUCUGUAGCCCGGAGACUGUUAUGGCCAAACUCAUCCAGAGCAUCUUCGAGAACAAGCUGCAGAGCCACGUCAGGGACAAGCUAGAGGAGAGCCGCAAGUCAGACGCUGAGCAGUACCUGAAGAACUUGUACGACCUGUACACCAGGACGACCGCUCUGGCCAGCAAGCUGACCGAGUUCAAUCUGGGCUCUGACAAGCACACCUUCCUGUCCAAGCUCAUCAAGAACAUCUUCUCCUCCUACCUGGAGAGCUACAUCGACACGGAGCGCGAGUACCUGCGCAGCCGCAGCACCAUGAUCCUGCAGAGAUACUACGAGUCCAAGAACCACCAGAAACGCUCGCUGGGCACCGGAGGUAUCCAGGACCUAAAAGAGCGGAUCCGACAGCGAACCAACUUGCCCCUUGGCCCCAGCAUCGACACCCAUGGGGAGACCUUCCUUUCACAAGAGGUUGUGGUCAACCUGCUGCAGGAGACCCGGCAUGCGUUUGAGCGCUGCCACAGGCUGUCCGACCCCUCUGACCUCCCCAAGAAUGCUUUCUCCAUCUUCCUGCUGCUGGUGGAUCAUCUCUGUGUGGAUCACAUCGACUACGCCCUGGAGAUCGGCCUGUCAGCAAUCCCAUCACCCGAUGCAAAAAAUGCCAACUUGUACUUCCUGGAUGUGGUGCAGCAGGCCAACACCAUCUUCCACCUCUUUGACAAACAGUUCAAUGACCAUCUUAUGCCCCUGAUCAGCUCUUCCCCGAAGCUGACAGAGUGUCUGCAGAAGAAGAAGGAGGUCAUUGAACAGAUGGAGGUGAAGUUGGAUACCGGCAUCGACAGGACCCUGAACUGUAUGAUUGGCCAGAUGAAGCACAUCCUGGCCACAGAGCAAAAGAAGACGGAUUUCCGUCCCGAGGACGAGAAUAACGUCAUGAUUCAGUACACUAACGCCUGCGUCAAGGUGUGCACGUACAUGGGGAAGCAGGUGGAGCGCGUGCGGAAGUCCAUGGACGGGAAGAACGUGGACACGGUGCUCACGGAGCUGGGGGUGCGCUUUCACCGGCUCAUCCACGAGCACCUGCAGCAGUUCAGCUACAGCUCCAUGGGGGGCAUGCUGGCCAUCCGCGAUGUGGCUGAGUACCGGCGCUGUGCCAAGGACUUCCGGGUCCCACUGGUACUACAGCUCUUUGAUACACUCCAUGCCCUCUGUAACCUGCUGGUGGUGGCCCCCGAUAACCUAAAGCAGGUGUGCUCCGGAGAGCAGCUCACUAACCUGGAUCGUAACCUGCUGCAUGCCUUUGUCCAGCUGAGAGCGGACUACCGCUCGUCCAGGCUCGGCCGCCACUUCAGCUAACUGGCACCAGACUGAGACUGGCAUGGCUACGGGGUGCCUCAAGCCAGUGGCAUUAGCAAUGAAUCACUGUACCCUUCAAGACAUGAGAACCAAACAGCAGGCUCCCUCGGUUGACCUGCUGUGAGCCAAUCCCCGCGUCCUUCCCAGUAACAGACAAGAAAUAAAGACUGCCCUUUAGUUCUUAGAGUUUUCUUGCUGCUGGUUCAUCUUAAUGAGCAAAUGCACUUUCAUGGUGUUCAGUCAGGUAAUAGGCCCUACAUCAGUGCAUAGCUGUACAAUCAAAGCUAAUCCACCUCACUACACAGAGCAGUAUCCCCGGAGCUAUCUAGUGCACACUCCUGUCGGGUAACGCAUUUACUUGUUCAAAGUCAUCACUCUUCCCAUCUGAGAAGGCUCUUUCGCCAACGCACACCAGAACUGUCGCUAAACCCAGUAAUACCACAGUAUAUCCAGAGGCAACUUGUUUCCACUUUAUCAUCCAUGUAAAAUAAGGCCACUUGGUUGCUUAAUGAAAACAACAACUUUUUAACCCAGUCGGGGCUACAAGAGUCUCUUUUGUUGGCAGGGUCUGGUAAAAUCCAUAAAAAAACCUUUGUUCCUUUAUCUCAGGUUAACUUCUCAAGCCAAACCGCUGAAACUACAGCAGCUCAGUGUUACGGCGGCGUGAUUCCAUGUGAGCGCAUGGGCCUUUCCUUUGACAGUGCCAGCUGGAAGGCUAUUCUGGGUGGGCCGUGGGAUCUAGACAUAUUCAAUUCCAAGGCCUACACUUGUGCAUAACUGCAGGUGCCUGUAGUGUUAUCACGUGGGAAAGAUUGCUGCAACACAAGAGUGGAAGCCUUCAGAACUGAGAAAGUCAUCGGAAGUUUUAGUCAAGUGACAGGCCAUAGAUAAGUACUUUUAGGAAGGGCUGCCCGCCUUUGCACUCCUCCAGGUGGCUGUGUAGACAGGUUUGGGGACACGCUUCUCUUGGCGCGGGACAGAGCGACAGGAUGUGGCGCUGGGAGAAAAGCCCACCUCUAAGCCCUCGCUUUUUAGUCCACGACAGCAGAAAAUGAUCAAACCACUCCACUGAGAACGCGAUCUUCUAGGACAUGGGUCUGGAGAAUUUGUGCACUUUUAUUUUGAUCUGUGUUGACUGCAAUACCACCUUUUUAACUUGAUUUUAUGUGCUUUUAUUUUUAUUUUAAAGAACUGGUUCAAGCUGGGUGAUUCUUGGCACCUUCUGUCCUGUACGUAAGCAGUGUAAAGUUUUCUUUUGUUCCGAACAGUUCUUUUAAAAUAAAAUGCCAUAGUUAUAUUAAAUGUACAGUACAGGAAUGUCUGAGUUAGUCAAACUCACUUCUUUUGUUACAGUGCCAAAAUCAACCAUUGUGCAUUGUGGCUGUGCCAGCACUACUGCAUCUUAAUACACAGGCAACAGUAGCGAAGGGGUUUUAUGGCAUAGGUUGGGGCCAUACAGGCAUCUGAAGUACUGCUUGCUGAUUCUGUAAGCCCACCCUGAUGGGGAUAACCCUUUUCUCCUUUGGAGAAUGGGCACAAACGUGCAGCAGCUGAUGCUGGUGACCACAAUAGUAUCCUCCCAUUCCUAGGCCAAAGGCACAGAUGGACACAUGACAAGUGCUCUGUCCUCUGACCUUGAAAGGUCAGGGUGUGACUCAUGAGUGACAUGAGUUUGGCGCUCUCAAUGCAAGAUCAGCGUUCUGUGCCCUAAUUGUAUGUGACACCAGUUUUGAUGGCAGUCAUCUUUAAAUGCCUGGAAUAGUUAAUCCUAUAUGUCAGGGGACUCUCUCUCUUCCUGCAUUCAGAAGUAGGAGAAACUGCUUGUUGCGACACAUUGAUACACAUUCAUACCAAGGUUAAAGAACUCUACAUUGAUGCAGUGCACACAUUUCAGCAUUAGUCUUCACUCACUUGUAGUACAGUACGCUGAUAUCAAUACCUUUGGUUACUGAAGAGUGAAGUGUAAGUACCGUAAAAAAAGACCAGUUUAUUUCAGGUUCUGUGGAAUCGGAAGACUGGCGAGCUCUCAAGGUUGACUCCAGUGUUGCAAGUGUCCAGCACAUAUUUCCCAAUAGGCCUAGAGGCAGAAACCAGCCAAGCUCCUUGUUACAACUGAAACACUAGAUCUGUGUCUCUCUAACCACCAGGUUAAUCCUUGCUGACAGAGGAGGGUGGAAAUCUGAGUGGAGAGUGAUGGUUUAUAAUUUGUACAUGCUUUAUUUCAACAAGACACUUGAAAGCUGUCCUGUCCUCUGCCCCCCACGAUUUUGCCUCUGUACAGCUGUUUGCAUUUAUUACUAAUAAUAAAAUAUCUAAUGUUGUGUUAAAA